AUUAUUAGCAUAUCCAUUUGUAAACAUUUCAGCAGCUAAGUAUCAUUCAACUCUGAGACACAUGAUGGACAGCCAGGAAUCAACAGAAAAUUCAGAUCCAAUUCCACAAGUUCACACUAUGCAAGAACUAAAUAGCAGAUUUGAAAAGUGCAUUGAAGACAUGGAGCAGAUGGAAGCCCAGAGAGACAGACUGGUACAGGAACUCAUCCUGUUACAGGAACCUAUGCUGCAGGAAAUCAAGGGACUUCACCAGCAGCUCACAACCAUCUUUGCAGAAAAAGCCAAGGUGGAAAUGGAGUGUCAGUCUCUGAGAGAGGAGAUCCAUCUGGUGAAGGUUCAUAUCUUUACAACUACCAGGGAUUGUGUGCAAUGUCAGUACAUCCUAGAGAAACAACGGCAUGAUGUGGCACAGCUCUCAAUAACCCAGGAAGAAAUGCAAGAACAAGUUCUGUCACUUUCAGCAGAGUGUUCCCAGCUGAAAGACUCCCACAAGGAAAGAGUGGACCAGCUAAGGCACAGGCAAGACAAGAGCCUGGCAUCCCGUAGAAGCUUAGACCUCUCAGACUGUCACCGAAUCUCCCAGGAGUUUGAAAGCUUCUUAAAAGAUGGCAGGAAAAUCCUGGAAGAGUGUUAUGAGCCUAGGCUUGGUGAACUUUUGAAACUGAGACACAAGACAGCAGAGGCAAUGAAAAUUACGCAAGAGCAGACAAAAAUUUUGAAAGAGAGGCUGAGGCCUCUGCUGCAUCAGGUAAAGGAUCUGAGCCUGAAGCAAAAAUGUCUAGUGGAGCGCAUCAGAUUGAUUCAACAGCAGAGAGAAGAAGAUGUUUCCCAAUAUCGGGAAACUGUGGACAGAUUGGAGGAAGCUAUUCGGGAACUGAAAACCAUGGUGCAGCUCCAGAAACUGAAAAAUGAGGAGACGGAGACGAUCAAGAAGAACCUUUCCCAAGAGCUGGCAGAUUACAAGUGCUACACUGAUGCUUAUAGAAAACUUGUUAAAGGGAAAAAAUCCUGAAGUUUUUAAUUAUUCCUCUUUAAGCAGCAGGGAAGCAGCAUAAUCUACAAAUGCCUGACAAGGUAUCAUCUUCAGCUCAACUUUCAAGAAUAUUCCUAAAGACUACCAGCAUUCAGGAGUCAUCUGCAUUCAAGAUUUUCAGUCUCCUGGUGAAAUAUGGCCUUUUCUCUUCAUAUUCUAAGGAGGGUUUGCUCAGUCCUGGUCCCAAAUAGCCACAAUAACUCCAAUACAGUUUGCCAUUUGCAAAUGAUCUGCUUUAAUAAAUUAAUAAAAAUUAACAAA